AUGGGAUUGGCUUGCUUGUGUUUGUAAAAUAUUAUUCCCCAGAAAAAGUCUAUUUAUUUUCUAACACAACCGUUUCAUAAUUUUAAUUUUUCUCACCUGUGUCACCAUUAAUACAUUCAUGUUUUUCUUACCCUUUCUUAUCUUUCCUGUCCUGAUCUAGAAUGGGGGGUGGUGGUGGUGGUAGAUUAAGGCCUUCUUAUUAUGAGGUGUUCCCCCUUUUUUAUGUCAAAUGGCUUUGACUGAGUUCAAAGGAGAAAGGUUCACCGUACUUAACUGUAGUCACUUUUACUUAUAAAGUCAUUUUUUUCCCUCAGUGAUGGACAGAUGUUCACAGGCCACUCAGAGACCAUGAUUUGGAUUGGGAGCUCAGGGUCCCAAUCUCCCUUGUUAGUGUUUUGGAUCAUUAAGCUGCUGUUUAUUUAAGUCACUAGGGUGUUUAUUCUCCACGUCUUGGGCCACAGAGAAAUGCCACCCUCUGCAGGAGGGGCUCUCACAGGGGAUCUCCUCACAUUCUUCACAUUCACUCCCCAAAACAAACACCCUGCUCAAAGAUAGCUUUCAAUGACCCUGACGGGCUUCAAAGGACACCGCGGAAAUCUCCCUGGAAAAUAGGAAGGGCCAAUUACUUUAAUUUCUUACAUGCCCUCUCUUCCUACUCUGAUGACUACCCCCCACUCUUCCAGCUCUGUUUAGUAUAAUUUUAGACUCCUGGAAGUUCUGUCUCCUUUGGCGCCCCAGCCCACUUCCUGCUCCCUUGGUUGGUGAAUCUUGGAAAAGUCUGCAGAUCUGGCAAGGAGCAGAGCAGGCUGGUCCUGUAAAAGCCCCUGUGAUUACUGCUUGUAAACUCAUUAAAAGGACAAUUUUCUGUCACAGUCAUAAACUUUUGUAAAAUCCCUGGCAUUUGAUCCAGAGUGUGCAUAUUCCAGAUGUGUUUAAUAAGAAAUUGCACAAUAUGCCUUCCUCACCAUCCUUUCUGUCUGGCAAAACCAGGGACAAGCAGGAGGAGGCGAGAAAGCUGGAUAUCGCUUUGAGUUUUCUUGGCAAUCAUUUUAGAACGAUCAUUAGCGGGAACUAACCAUGUUUUUUGUGUUUUUUUUUUUUUUUUUUCCUCGAGGAAAUCUUCAAGGACCAGCUGUUAAGGGACCUUCUAUUUACCUUCUCAGCGUCGCAGUUAACUGAACCAAAAGCCACUUUUCGAUUUCUCUUUUACAGGUUUCAUAACAAGAGCCAAAAAUAAUGAAAAAACGGCUUAUAAAUAGUUUGUAGGGUAAAACCUUACGCAAUUUGACCAAGUAAAAUGAAAACAAAAAUAAUACACUAGGGCGAUUUUUAAAUUUUUGACUUUUAAAAUCUGAACACAGGAUCGUUCAGGUUCUCACUGCCUGUUCGCCUUGACCUCUUGGCUGAGAACGAAGCUUUCUAAAUACUCAAGAGGCCAAGGGGAUUGGCCGGCGGUUCCUGAACUUGGCUCAGCAGGUAGGCACUCAAGAGCCCCCAAGCCCCACAAGUGCAGGCAGGGAGAAAGGCGCCGCUGGGGCUGAGCGCCGCCGAUCUUGAACUAUUCUCCAGGCAAGGACAGCUUGGUCUUGACCGCGAGAUGAAGAGGAAGCUUCCAGGAAGAUGCAGCGGCAUCGGCGCUUAUGGGCAAACCCUGAGUUUGCUAAGCAGGGACCCUUGUCCCGCCGCUCUCCCCCGCACCCCGAGGGCCAGUCCAGCACCUGGCACUGACCGCGCGCGGGGCGGCCCUUCCCCUGCUCCGCCGCCGCGGCGGCGGCAGCUGCAGCGGUGGCUACGACUAAAGGGGACUUCACGCCUACUGCCUCCCCGGCCUGGAGGUAUUUGGUGCAAGUCUGCGAGCAGAACUCCAGGUUGGGGAGCCAGAGGCUUCGGUUCCGCGUGUCUCCGACUGCAGAAAACCGGGGGAGCUUCUCCUGCUACCCACAGUCUCCGGAGGCUGCUCUUGUCACUCCGCUCUCCCAAGGUGCGGGGAUUCUGGGACCCGCUGCUCUCCGCCCGCCGCCGCUGUCGCGGAGCCGCUUCACAGCUUCACAGAGAAUUGCGCGCUUCCCGGGAGCCGCAUCACAGCGCAGUUCCAGUCGCAGGGCCGGGUGGCUCAGCCCGCAGAGCCGCUGAGAGCAGAGGCUGCCAGGCUGGCCUCGAAGAUCCAGAGCGUGGAGGCUGUGGCCUGAGCUUCUCGGGACAACCCAGCUACCGUGGCCUUGGGCACCCCGGAGCCACCUCCCAAGGCCAAGUCAGGUCUCGCUCUUUGAGUCAAGGACUUAGUUCCGGGCGAGCACAUGAGCCGUGCCGACGCACGACCGCGGGGUUGGAUCCAGCCCUGUGGCGGCGGAAUGAAGGGUCCCGGCCACCCCCGGCAGCAGGUGGGAGCGCUCCCCGGUUCACAGACGCUGCGCUUUGAGCCCAGGGCAGCCGGCUCAGGCCCCAGAGCCUGGUCGGGAGGCGGCCUAGGCCCCGCCGCCCUUCUCGCUUCAGCCGCCCGAAGCCAGCGGAACUAGUGUGCCCACUUCGCUCCCAGGGGCCGUUCACACCAAGGGUGCCCCAGGUAUGCUCCGCGACCUUAGGUGGAAACUUGUGAGCCCACUCAGGGUCAUAGUGACGACCCCUCCCCCUCCCCCCAUUGAAUCCAAUAGCUCCACCAGGAAGAUUCUUUAAAGAUUUGGGUAAGUCAGCCAGGACCGAAAAGCCAAAAUUGUGGGCAAAUUGUUGGCUCAACGUCUACCGUGAAAAAGUGCUGCCCUGGAAAGUCUGCAUUUUCUCUAGUGUUUUAAACCGAGUAUACACACAAAACUUCGUUCCAACUGAUGAAAUGGGAAACCUGUUCUCCCACUGAGGAUGGCAAUCAGUAUUUUAAGCGCUGUGGUCCUUUCAGACAGCGAGGAACAACACUGCAGUAGCAUUUAAAAACAAAGAGAAAGAGACUGCUUGAGGCGCGAGGACGCCAGUCUCUUCCUCCUCUGAGCUUUGGCUUCUCUCCUUUUAACUUGUUAAUGGACAGCUGAGACCCCAUUUCGCAGCAGGUAGAGCAAAUCCCCCAUAAGGUUUGUUCUCCAAUUUAGCUUUCCUACCCGGGAGUCUUUCCCCACUCUACCGCCCCUUUUUUGAGAAAGUGCUCACUGUUUUCCCUUUCCAUAACAUUAAAAUGUUCUUAAAAUCACAUUCUUCCCCCAACCCGCCCCCCCCAAACAGGAAAAUGCAGAAGGAAAAACUAACAAAAACCGAAAACUAAAAACCCAACCCAAGCAAUCUUAUCUUUGAAAGGGAAAAGAGUUAACUUCAGAUUUAACACUCACUUAAGCACCUGAGGCUACCUAAUUGUAAUUAAAAUACUAUUAGGUGAUAUUGGCUGCUCUGCCUUUCUCACUGUCAUUAGUAGUUGUCAUUAAAAAGACAGAUAAGUAGAAAGAUAGAUUCUGGCCCUGUAUUACUAUAAUAAAGAGGCAAGGAAAUGUAUACCAGCUCCCUCCAUCUGGUCUCCUGUCCUUCCCACCCUCCCUAGCUUAGAAAAUAAAUCUUUUAUGGAACUGACAUAGAUAGGCAGGUCCAAAUAGAAGCAUUGAUAGAUUAACACAAGGCAAAUUUAAUUUGCUAUAUUAUUUAUUUUAAUAUAGGAUUUAAAUUGAUUAUAACUUUUUAAAUGCCAUGGCUUAUUUAUAAUAGAUACAUAGGUUUUUUUUGGGGGGGGGUUCAGAAUCCGAGUUGAUAUGUAUUUGGCAUCUUAAAGGAAAAAAACAGUCCUAGACUACAUGUUUUUACCGAUACCAGCUGUUAAACUGUCAUGAGUCUUCAAAAAAAAAAAAAAAACUGUGAAAUAUUCUUUAACCUUUCAUAGAGAUGGUCAGUUGGCAUCCCUGAUACAAAAUCUGCAGCAUGCAACUAGCAAGCCUGUAAAACCAACUUUCUAGAUGUUUUUUAACUUUAUAUUAAAUAUUUUUACAAACUCAGAUACUCUCUUCUCUGCCCCCACCACUACCCACAAGACAUGGCUUUGGCUGCUUUGCAGCACUUCAGUUCUAAUUUGACUUGCCAGUUAUCCAAAUGAUCUAAAUACCAGGGAAAGGCAAUGGGACUGUGAAACAAACAAACAAACAAACAAAAAAUCAAAACCACAUAGCUGUGACAUCUUUAGUUGCCUCUCAAACAGAUAUUUAAACUAUAAGCAUUAGUGUAUAGUAAUGUUCCCUUAAGUUUUGCAGCUUUUUGUUUGUGUGGUAGUGGUGGGGGCUGGUGUGGUUGGUGGAAGAGAGCAGCAGCUUUCAGAGUUUCUACAGAAAAUGCACAUUUUGAGAGUGAGGUGGCAUAGUCUGCAACACCUUUCAAAAGGAAAUUUAACCUCUAAGUCAAGGCAGUGGUUACAAGGAAGAAGCAUUAGCUCUGUAUCUAAGAUGCCAUUAGUAUUAAAGUAGGUAACAAGCUUAAAGAAAAUUAAGCUAGAUAGGUCAAUGUGUCUUAGUAUCUAUGAAGUGAAAAGAACAUUUAAACAAUUGAAGCCUUGUCUGUCUUCAGAUAUGUGUGGUGAAUAUUUUCUAUGCACUGCUGAUGCUAUAUAAACAUAGCAUGCUUCCUCCUAAAGUCAAAUUCUUGAUUUUAAUUGAAGAAUAAUACUGCUCAAGGCUCUACCUCUGAGUACAAAUAGCUAAUCUAAGAAAAUCAGUUCUGGGAAUCUGGAACCAAUGGCUGUUUUCAAAAUAAACAGACAAAAUCUUUAUAAAGAAUGCCAGGAGGAUUAUUUUUACAUACAGUAUAUCUCCUGAUUUCUCACAAAAAAACUCUCAUAGAAAAACUGAAAAGCAGAAUUACAAUGCAGUCCCCUUACCAUAUUUCUAUUUUUGAAAAUCAGUCUGAUUUAAGACUCCCAAGCUGUCCUGGUUAAAUUUUCCAACAUUAAUAUAUCUUAGAAGCAAAUCCGUAUGCAUUUCCUCUUUCAAUUUUAAAAAAAUUUCCUAGGGAGGAAAAGAGAUAUAGAAAAAUAAAAGGGCAAAAUAAAAAAUAAAUGCACAUUUAAAAUUUGUAUUAUUGUAUUUAAUGAGUAGCAGGUAAAUGGUAAAACAGCAGUAAUAUGCUAACUUUUCUGCUUUUGUUCAACUAAGGCAAUUGAGUUAGGAAUGAAAUGAGUGAGGGAAAUUUUGAAAGCAUUUGUGUUUUCUAAUACAGAGACCAAUGAAGAAGCUCCACUUCCCUUAAGUGACUUAAGGGAAGAAUCUAGGGGAGGGGAAACACCUAUUUACAGAAAUACAUUUGAAAGUUAUGUUAGGGGAGACAUUUUCCUUUUGUUAGGAUCAAGCCCACUGCAUUGACAUCCAGUCAGGAAGGAGAUGUUGAAAUUUAUCUAAGUUCUGAGAUCACACUCCUUUAAGUAGAUAGAACCAAGUGACCCAAAGAAGUCUCAUUUUUUCCCUGGUUCCAUAUGUUUCAAAUCCUACUAAAAUGGGAACCCCACAAACUAAGAAAUUGCAAGGUGGAGUUGACAUAAAGAUGUUCCCUCCAAAUGUUAUUUGGGUCAUUUGGUAUGAAUGUGUGUGGUGGGUUUUCUGAAAAUGUUUUUGUUGUUGUUGUUGUUGUUCCCUCUGGGGGACAAGAAAGAGUUAAUUUGUUUUCUGACAGUUUUCACACUGUGGGCAGGUCUGCCAGAAAGGAGAGGAAACAGAGAACAGCCCUAUGAUUAAUUCUACCUGUUUUUCCCAUGAGCGAUCACCUGCUCCGGGGGUCAUGAAUAGCAGGUAGCUCUCCCUCUCCAGGGCUCUGAGAGCUUCGUUUGUUUGGUGACAGCUGAGUGACAAGGCUUGAAACCCGAGCCCAUAGCCUGGCCUGAUGGGGGGAUAAAAACCCUGGAUGUUCCCUCAAACAUUUCAGGAAAUGAAAGUUGUAACGCGAUCCCUCCUGCGCCCACAUCUCUCCCAGCAAACACAAAAGCUCAAAGGAGCCUUCUCGGAUUGAAUUCGGCCUGGAGUUGAUGGAGGGAAAGCGGAGCCUGGCGCGGGGUGGGGGGAGAAGAAGGCAGCGGGUCGGGGCGGCGGCUGGCAGGCUUUCUGAGCUGAGGAAGGAGAAGAGAGCAGAGCAGGGAGCGAGCUGGGUGCGAGAGGCCCCAGAGGAGAGCGAGCAGGGAGCAAGGGCCGCUGCCUCCCCCACCGUUACACGGAUCUUUAGUGUCAGACUGGAGUGGGCAGGAAAACCCGCGGCUCAGGCUCGGAGACCCCGGCGGGUAGCGCGGUCUCUGUACCAGGCCCCGUCUUUGAGGCCACGCUGGCCUGGGUGAGCUCUGGGACCCCGCGCCAGCUCUUGGGGCGAGGGGGUCCCUUCCGACCCUCCAGGGGCCGGCGGAGGGCGAGCCGCUGCGACCCAGAGUCCGGGCUGGCCGUCACGCGGGCCUCACUCAGCGCCCUCGCGCUCGGCCGCCCCCAUCUGUCAGCAGCAUCCCUCUGCCUCCGGCCUCGCCCGCUUGGCAGGGGAAGCUCCCCGUUGGCUGCUGGGAGGUGGCGUGGGGUGGGGGUGGUGGGAGCGGGAGGAGCUGAGAAGUUGUGUCCUACUCUCUUGUCAAUCACUGCGCCCGGUACCCUGGCAGGCUCCCGGUUGGUAGGAGGAAGAAAACCCAGGCCCCUCAAGGCGAGUUUUUCGCCUUAACCCCGACAGCUGCGACAGCUUUGUUCUCUUACAGAAUUUCCUUUUUUCUCUCCCUCCAUGAAUUCAGAAAUCCUUCCCAGACACCAUUGGCAGUCCUCAUAUCUCGCCCCAGCCUUCAUGGGGACUAGGGACGUAAUUUUCUUUUUUAAACGUAGACCCAUGUUCAGAGAGAACUGAUGUGGGAGGCAGAAUAAUACAUUGUCAACUGAUCCAUCACUUGCACACACUUUGCAACUUGUGUGACUUUGGGCAAGUUACCUAACUUCACUGAGCCUCAUUAGAGAAAAUGGGAACUAUGAUACUUAUACUGCAGGGGUACCAUGAAGCUUAAAUGAGCCGAGGUAUUAAAUGUAAAGUGCUUGGCACAAAAGACACAUAAUGAAUAGUAGCUGUAAUUAUAACAUGCUUGAAACUUCCUUAGACUUUCUCAAAGCCACCUGGGAAAAUUCCCAUCAUGCUAGAGUUGCCAGUGAGGGCAGAUUAUGGCUAUAAUCUCCUUUUGUCUGAAACACUGAAAGAAGCACAGGUUAUGCUAAUAGAGACCUAAGGCAUGACUAGCCUCUGAGGGUAGCCAAAGCUGAAUUUUUUUUUUUUUUUUUUGUCUUUU